AUGAAAGGCAUAGGGCCGUCAGAGUAUCAAAAGUUUCUUGUGAUUUCCAUAGGGACAGGAUCUGCAAGUCCGAAGAAGACGUACGACGCCCAAGAUGCUGCGAAAUGGGGAGUGUUAUCUUGGAUGUUCGACGCAAAAGAUAGAACGACUCCUUUAUUAGACGUUAUCUUUGAAUCAGCCGGGGUGUGGCCCAAUACCACACCUCGGUUCUGUUCCAAGCCCUAUGUCGAUGAUUUGGACGAAGACGAUGUCUCCAUGGAUCUUACAAUGACGGAGAACUUGAAAAGUCUUGAGAAAAUUGGACAUAAUUUACUCAACAGCGAGAUUUGUCCAUGCAGGUUUGCACAAGAUCUCUCUGAGGAGUUGAAGCUCAGGAAAGAGCGCAAGGCUAACAAUGAUGGUUCAUCAAACUGA